CAGUCAGAUGACCAGUUAUGGAAAGAGGUGGACUGGUGUAUGGAACAGCUGGAACUUGGCCUGAAGACACAGAAAUCCACUCCAAAACAGGUUGAGGAGGCUCUCCGUGCGAUCAAGACACUGCGCAAUGACAAGGCGCCGCUGGUGAAGAAGCGUCAGCUCAUGAGAUCCAUGUUUGGAGACUAUAGAAAGAAGAUGGAGGAGGAGCGAUGCAAAGAGCUGAAGCUCAUGGAAAUGGCUGCGAAAUCUGCCAGGGUCAUGGAAGUGAAGGGAAACAUCCGCAAUAAGAACUGCCAGUUCAUCCGGAAGUGCUCAGGAGCUUGCGGGAAAAGCCAAGGGUCAGCAGGAUCCCCUUCAGAGUCACCCAGGACAU